AUGAACGGCCGCAACAACGGCAAGAAGCUCAUCGCCGUCCGCAUCGUCGCCUACGCCUCCGAGAUUGUCGCUGUCGACGCCAUUGUCAACUGCGGUCCUCGCGAAGACUCUACCGAUAUCGGUUCCGCCGGUACCGCCACUUUUCGCAACAUCAAGUCCGUUGCCGAGCGCCUCGCUAAAGAGCUCAUUAACGCCGGCAAGGGUUCCUCCAACUCUUACGCCACUAAGAAGAAGGACGAGCUCGAGCGUGUUGCCAAGUCCAACGGGUAA